AUGCUCUUGAUAUUAAUGUCCUAUCUCAUUUCUGUCAAAUGCUGCCGAAAGAACAUUUCGCCUGUUAGGAAGAACCAAGAGAAGAUCAAAAACCACACUGAAUGUCUGGACUUGAUCGAAUGGAAUUCAAACAAGCCGAUCCAGACAUCAUCGCCCCUACCUCAACCCCGACACAGCCGGUCAUACUCACGUGGGCUGGAUGCCAACAACAACAAUGCAGGGAACGCGACGAACGUUGGUGCAAAAUCAACUCAACCAUCUCUUCUUGGAAACAUUCCGAGAAACAUGAUAACACCGUCUGCAGUCUUGCAGCAAAACCAGAGAGAAAUCAGACGGCCAACGAAUGAGUCUCACAAAACUUCAGUAUUAGAAAGUGCCUCAUCAAUAAAUACCGUGCAACGUAAUUCCUCUCCCGAACGCAAUAUAUUCCGAAAUGUACGAUCCUUCCCGAUGAACGAAACUAAAAAUCAUGUCGAAAAUGGUAAAAAUAAUAACUUGAUCAAAUUUAAAGCAAAAUCAAGCUCAUCGGUGGUGAAUCCUGAAAACAAAAGGGAAACGACCGGAUUUAUUGGAGCUUUAAAAGAAUCGCCCACCGAGAAAAAGCGACAGAGUAUCGAAAAAUUGCGAAGAAGUAAAGUGGCUGCCAGCAAAAGCGAAGAAGAAAGUGAGAUCAACGACGGAAAUACGACGUCGUCUUCAAUCAACUAUCUAGGAAAAGCCGUUCAACAAAUUUCAUCUACAAAUCACGAUAUAAAUAUAUUUAAUGGACAUCUUUCAGGAAAUCAGCGUGCAACAGAUAAGACGCUACAAAAUCAGCUUCCUAAUUCAACGAAAAAUUCUGAAAAACCUCUGCUUAACGAUUCCACUAAUAAUUCCAGACUUCCGCCUCUCCCUGUGCGAUCAAACAGUUCAUCCCGUACUAACGUAAACAGGGAAAACAGAAAUUCCAGCGCAGUUGCUCCGAGACGCAACACCACACACUCCUCUACGCCCGUUCUCAUGCAAAUCAACAAUAGUCCGGCUGUCAAAAUGGAUCGAAGCCAUGAAGGCAACAGCGCAAAAUGUUCUAAAUCGCCAAAUAAAAUCACUCUAAUUGAUCUGAAGUCUUUGUCGUGUGAAGCCUUUCCGCUUAACACCCAACAAAAACGACAAAGUAAAAAUUAUAAUGGCAUUAUCAGCGGCAACGCUAAACAGUCGUGA